AUGUUUGCGACAUCCACCCCGUCCGAAACAGUCCCACCGGAGUCUCGGCCUCGACAAGCCGAAGACCACCCUCGCCUCAAUACUAGCACGGUCAUUCAUGGUGACACUCCAUCGUGGGAAGCUGUCGAGAGGAUGAAGGACGAGUGCGAUGCCAACGAAAAGUUGGUGACCGAGGCCCUCGCGGAAAAGAAAUACUUCAAGGCAGCCGACUAUCACUGGAACACCAUCAAGUUAAAGCAGCAACUGUCACCCCGAUUUCCUUUUCUAAAGAUGGCGAGAAUUGCAGCAUGCAUCAAGCAACUUGAAAUCUUGCUCGAAUGUACCGAGUCACCUCGCGAUAUGCAGUCGCUUCUUCCGUCCAACUUGGAGGAACUGCUACAAUCCGACUGCCAACCACUCGAACGCGAGGAUUACGGUCAUCUCAAUGCCCUUCUCGGCUCUUUCUACAUGAGGUCACGCGAACGACAGGACUGGGGCCACGCUAAGGAGUAUCUGGAUCGGGCACUUCGUCACCUCGUCGAAGUCUCCCCACUGCCCGUCGCCUUCAUCGCCAAGACUGCCCAGAAUCUAGUUGACAUGCUUGAUCUUAUGGACGACCACGCCGGUGCCGAAGGUCGACUACAAUGGCUGAAGAGAAGAACCUUACCCGAGUUGACUGACGGCGUCAAGGUUGGUAGGAUUUCUGCUACAAAGCUGUGGUGCGAGGAGCAAGGUUUCAGCGUCCAGCGCUUUGAUGAAGUGGAACCUUCCAAAUGCUGCUCACCCCUCGCGCACGCGGUGAAGAAGAAGGGCUACAGAGAGACUGAAAUCAUGUUGAGCUUCACGGAAGAGACCAGUCCGCCAAAUGACUUGGCAUCUGAGCUCCUUCUGCUUGCUGCGGACACGCGGAGCUCCGAGUUGGCAAGGUUGCUUAUCACGCAUGGAGCAAGACUCGCCAUUGAAGACGAUCACGGAAAGACGGUUUUACACCGAUGCCAGUACUGCCCGGAAUUGGGCAACCUAGGUGGUUUGAAGAUGGCGAAUCUGUUCCUGGACAAGCAUGGGGAUUUGCUGGACAAGCAAGACCAGUCUGGCAAGACAGCGUUGUACAUGGCCUGCGAGAGCGGCCACUUUGACAUGGCAGAUCUGCUUCUGAAGCGCGGAGCAAACCCAAACAUUGUUGAAGCCAACGGCAAGACGGCUUUGUAUAUGGCCUGCGAGAAGGGCCAGCUGAACAUCGUACAACGGCUUUUGCAACAGCAUGCAGACCCUAACACCGUCGGCCCCGGCAAUUCCACGCCUAUCAUGGUCGCUGUCAUGAUGGCUGCCAACAGAGCCGAGAAGAACAGGCUCGGGGUGGUGAAGGAGUUGAUCAGGUUCCACGCAGAUCCUCGAAGGACGGAUCAUAAAGGGCGAGAUGCCUUUCGCCACGUCGGCGGUCCGCUGAGUUCCGAGUUGAAGCGCGCAUUGAAGGCAUCUCCUCAAGCCGAGCCCUCGUCUGAACGGCAGCCGAUACAGCUCCCUGGUACCGAAGUUGAUGUUUCCGGGUCAGGCAACAAGACUGGACACAGGCCAUUGUUUAGUGGCAAUUCGUCGACAUCCAGCUGGCGUCAUUCCUCGUUUCUGUUCCGCGGGUCCAAUGCCACGAGUUCCUCAAAAUCGAACAGAAACAGCAUCUUCUCCGACUCCACCAGCAUCAGCAACGUAACUCGCCCGGACAGCGACACGAACAAUGAGGAUCAGAUUUCGUCUCGGUCCUUGUCGAAGGGAAUCAGCAAAGGGCCAGACCCUCGGUGGAGUGCACCAUCAAAUCUACCAGCCAUUUCCGAGACUCCGCUCCCGAGGCAGCCCAACGUGACAAGCCACCCAUCCGGGAACAGAGACAGCGAGUCCAGAUAUCCGGCAAACAUUGCAGCAGAUAACACCAACAACACGAGGCCCGGAAUGCCGGCUGCAGAUCUCGACACGACACUACGGUACUCUGACAGUUCCAAGGGCCGAGGACCACUCUCAUCUAUCGAAGGUGCUAGCAUGACGGAAACCAGCUCGCUGUGCAGCUACUCGGAAACUGGCAGCGAGGUCAUUUCCGAACCAAGGCACUCCAGCCGGCAGAAUUUACCACGGACACUCCUUGAGUUGUUCCCUAUCGCUGCUCAGCAACUAUAUAGGCAGCACCCUGGGACUUCCGGAGCCCAAGGCUCUGGUUCUGGUGCCCGGGGUUGGACCUCAAACUCGCCUUCCGGAAAUCCAGGUCAUGGUGCACGCGGUUCAUUCUCGACGACUCGGAGCAACUACGGCCGCCAGUCAAGAGAGUCAGACAGAAAUGGUGAUCUUCCAGACGAGGCUGGGAUGGAUGGCGAUCAUGACAGCGAGGGCUCUAGUUUGUCUUUUGCCUGUCCAUUUGCCAAGGAGUAUACAGCACGCUACUUCAGUUGCAACUUCCACAAGCUCACCAGAAUCAAAGAUGUCAAACAACACCUGCAGCGGAAUCACAAGCAGCCCCAGAACUGCCCGGCAUGUAGAAUGCAGUUCUCUACCGAAGGGGAAAAAGACCAGCACAUCAGAGAACGGGGGUGCCAGGUAUCUGAUCAACCAGCACCGGACGGUAUCACCAACGAGCAAAUCACGGAACUCAAAAGGCGCGUGAAUUCUAGAUCAUCUAAAGAAGAUCAGUGGUACGAGGUCUUUUGGAUCGUGUUACCAAAUGCGCAAUCCAAACCCUCUUCGCCCUUUGUUGAGCGCGACUAUGGACUGUAUGACUUUGCGAGCCAACAUGGCCGUCCGAUUGUGAGAGCAUAUCUGCAGCAGAGCAACCACUCAAGAGAUGCAGAAUCGUUGGAAACUCUCAUCCUGAUAGUAGUGCAACACGUAAUCGGGGCUUUUCUCAAAGGAAGAUCGCCAAAUUCAAUGCCUGGGUCCAGCGAGGGCUCGUCAGGGUCCGAGGCUGCAGAUGGACUUCCUUCCACUACGCCGCAGACCAUUGGAGGGGACACCAUGGAUAUCGAAAACAAUAAUCAUUUGAGCCCUGGACCAAUGAUAACGUCUCCAUCUGCACAAAUCGACGACACCACCCAGUGGCCCAGCAAUCAGCGGAGUUUUGAAGAACCUAUGCAUAAUUCUCGGGGGCAGAUGUCGGGUGACUUCUAUCAUCCAGACCUACCUACGCCCCAGCGACAGAACCGGACGGAUCUGUCUCAAUACAACCCAGCCCAAGACAGUUCCCUGUCUUUAAACUGGGAGAACAAUAUGGAUGGCCUCGCCAACUCCCUAAACCCCAUGUCAACCCUGGGGCCAAUGAUUUUGGAUGUAGAAGAUUGGUAUUCUAAUCAAUCUCCAUCUUCAAUCAGAGACCCUUCGCGUCCCAAUUGGGGCCAGCCGAAAGACACGAGGUAA